AUGAAAUUUUUUAAGUCUAAAAAGGAAAAAACUUUGGAUGAAGCAUAUGGAAACCUAGAACAAAGCGUAAAGAAUAUCGACGGAAAUAUCGAUCGAUAUAAUAAAGAACUAAAUAUUAUAAAACAAAAAAUUGAAGAGGAAAAAAAGAAAGUUCCAGUUAAUCAACAUGUGAUAAACAAUUUGCGAAACAAAGCUGCAGUUAUAAUAAAGAGAAAAAAAACAUAUGAGAAUAAUAAAGAAAAUACGCUUGGAAUCCAAUUUAAUAUCGAUCAAAUAAAAUUCGCAAAUGAAAAUAUUCAAAUGUCUAUCGAUACAUGUAAAGCUUUAGAGCAGUCAAGUAAAGUGUUGAAAAAAAAUAUUAAAAAAGUUAAUAUUAAUAAGAUAGAAAAAUUACAAGAUGAUUUGUUUGAUUGUAUAGAAGAUGCAAAAGAAAUAGGAGAAAUUUUAUCUUCAACUUAUGAUAUACCUAUAAAUUUAGAUGAAGAUGAAAUCGAUGCAGAAUUGUCAUUAAUAGAAGACAAUAUAUUAGAUGAAAAUGUCGAAGAAAACAUAACAAGCUAUUUAGAAAAUAAUGAUGAAGAAAUAGCCCAAGAAAAAACGAUCACCGAAAAUGAUACCGGGGGCCUUAAAAAUAAUACAAAUCUUACUGAACAAUAUUGCACACAAAAGGAGGGAUAA